AUGCAGAAGAGAGAGAGAGAGAGGCGACGAAGAAGACGAGGCCGACGCCUUCGUGACGGCGGCGACGACGACGGUAGUACCUGGUCCGACAUACAUUUUCGUUUAGUUACUCGGGUCGAGUCUGGUUCGUGUUUCGACUCAGUUUGGUUUGGAUCUUGGCUCAGCUUAGCUCCGAUUCAGUUUUGGUUCUCGGUUUGUUUCGACUCACGCAGUUCGGUUCAGAUUCGGAUCGAUUUGGUUCAGAUCCGGUUCAGUCGAGUUCAAUCGGUUUGGUUCGAUGCCCGGGUCAAACCUGGUCAAACUUGGUCAACUGAGGUCUCGAUGCACUCGGGUGACCUCGGUGUUCCACCCUCCAAAUCUUUUACGCUCGUCAACACUUGGAUAAUCGGAAGACUUAGCAAUUAUGUUGACAGUCAAGAUGUUGAAGAAUCAAGUUAGGAUGGACUAGAUACCCA